UGCCUCUUUUGCUCUGCUGCUAUUGGCUGCAGCUGAGACAGCCCGAAGUGACCCGGAUGUACAAACCGAGGCCUGUUUUCUCGCCGUGGCCUCCUUCCUGUAGCCCGGUUGAGGAAGUGAAUUUCGCUGACAGGGCUGGGUUCACUGAGGGAGAGGCGCUGAAAACAUCUUCCGCAGGGGACGAAAUAAAAAUAAAAACCACAAAAAGCGACAGAGACGAGUUGGUGAAUUAACAGCGAACCUAAGGCGCACCGGCAUCUGUGGAUAGUGCUCCCCUGCCCCGCUGAGACCGCCGCAGACAUGAAUGACCAGCAGCUGGACUGUGCUCUGGACCUGAUGAGGCGUCUGCCUCCUCAGCAGAUCGAGAAGAACCUCAGCGACCUCAUCGACCUGGUUCCCAGUCUGUGCGAGGACCUCCUCUCCUCUGUGGACCAGCCCUUGAAGAUUGCCCGGGACAAGGUGGUGGGGAAGGACUACCUGCUCUGUGACUACAACCGAGAUGGCGACUCCUACAGAUCCCCCUGGAGUAAUAAGUACGAGCCCCCCAUCGAAGACGGCGCCAUGCCUUCAGCCCGCUUGAGGAAACUGGAAGUGGAGGCCAACAACGCCUUUGAUCAGUACAGAGACCUGUAUUUUGAGGGGGGCGUGUCUUCCGUGUACCUCUGGGACUUGGAUCACGGCUUCGCGGGAGUUAUUCUCAUAAAAAAGGCCGGGGAUGGAUCCAAGAAGAUCAAAGGAUGCUGGGACUCCAUUCAUGUGGUGGAGGUGCAGGAGAAGUCGAGUGGUCGUACUGCUCACUACAAACUCACCUCCACCGUCAUGCUGUGGCUGCAGACAACCAAAACCGGAUCUGGUACCAUGAACCUCGGUGGCAGCCUUACAAGACAGAUGGAGAAAGACGAGACGGUCGGAGAAUCUUCGUCCCACAUCGCCAACAUCGGCCGCCUGGUGGAGGACAUGGAGAACAAGAUCCGCUCAACGCUGAAUGAAAUCUACUUUGGGAAGACCAAGGACAUCGUCAACGGCCUCAGAUCGAUUGAGUCUCUGCCCGAUAAUCAAAAGUACCGGCAGCUCCAGAGGGAGCUGUCGCAGGUCCUCACCCAGCGUCAGAUCUUCAUUGACUAGGGUUCCAGGAGUGUUCAGACUCAGGCCGACAAGCAGCAGAAGGACGCUCUGAGGAACGACUUAGUGGAGGCACUCCGGCGCAAACAACCGUAGCACCUUUAGCAGCAGCUAGAGAUGCUUUUCUUUUUUUGUUUUUGUUUUCUCUCUCGUCUCAUCGUCUGCCUCAUCUCUGUUUCUUCGUCUCCUCCAUGUCUGUUCCAGUGCUGCGUUUGUGAAUAACAAGAACAGGAGAAAAUGCUUUGCUUUUUGUUUUUUUUCUGGUCAGUCUGGGUUUUUUAUCCGUCAUAAAGCCAUCCUCUCACUCUUUUCUUCCUGAUCCGUCUCCCACGUAUGAAUAUAAUGAUAGUAUUAUCAAGGUUAACGAUAAUCCUCAGAUAGUAACGAUCCCAUGUGUCCUCAGUCACUCUUCCUCUGUUGAGGAAACCCAGGCUGGAGGUGACGAACGCCCGCCAGGCUGUGGCGUCACGGUUCACCCACUGAGUCUUCGUGCGACACCCCCACUCCUCCCAUCAUGCAUUAGUACUAAACGACGUCCGUCGUGUCGCCGUCAGCCCCAAACGCCAGCAGCUCUGACUCUGCAUGCAUGUGUCCGGACGCUGCAGGACGAGGGGACGGACUGUUAUCACCCCCCACACGUGCACACUCACAUGCACAUUCAGAGUAGACAUGACGGUUACUCCACCUCUUCAGCUCUUCUCUCACCUGCUCUGUCUUUGUUGGGGGUCACAGUUUGUCUUUGUGUGUCAGUGGAAACCUUUGAAUGUUUCCAUGGUGGACGGGAAUCUUUUUUGUUUUUUUUGUUUUUUUUGGCUCUUCUUUUGUAAAGCUUAUGAUUCAUAUUGUAUUAGAGCCUCCAGCAACAAUAAAAACUGUAAAAAGCUA